AUAUAUUAAAAAUUGUGUGUAUGUGUGUGUAAUAUGUAACAGUUUCAUAAUUUUUACCUUAUUUUUUAACGAUAGACUUUCAUUACGACUAUAGUGCAAUGUCCAUCAUUGUAUCGACGAAAUAUAUGUUUGCUUCGAAAUAAACUGAUUUCUUAUAGAUCAUUAACAAAUCUUCAAUGCUAGGUUUGCACCUACAACGUAAGAAAAAGAUACGUUCUUCAAAUAUUUAUUAAUUUCACAUUCAGUGAAGAAACAUUAGGAUAUAAAACAAAUUGUUCAUCAAAACUGUAGCACUUUAUAUAAUAUUAUCUGUUGUGUCAUUAUGAUAAAUGACUAAAUUACAUGGCAUUAUCUCGCUAUAGAUAUCAUGUGCAAGUUUUAUAAAAAAAAGAAACCUUCACUGUAUUUGAUGUAAAGACAAUUGUUUUAUGUACUCGAUGUUCAAAACUGUUUUAAUCUUCAAACAGAAUGGUUUUUACUUGGGAACGCUGCUAUAAAUUUCAUCAAAUAACAUUGACAAUUCUUGGUUUAUGGCCUUAUCAAAAAUCGAGUGUUUUACGAAUUCAAACAAUUUUCUUCUUUAGUAUGUUUUUUGCCUUUUUGGUUUUUCAGUUUACGAUAUUUGUGACAACAGAAUGCGAUAUGGAAUUUAUUAUUACAGAACUUACAUAUAUCUUCCCCACUAUCAUUCAUGUUUUGAGUUAUAACUGCUUUUAUUUCAACUCUAAAAUUAUUAAACAAUUAUUGGAACAUAUCAAGUUGGAUUGGAAGACAAUGAAAGAUAAUGAAUUAAAAAUAAUAGAAAAAUAUACAUUUAAUUGUUACAUGUUCGCAUUAUAUAUAAAUAUUUUAGCCGGUUUAGGUAUGCUUAUUUUUACGAUUAUUGAAUUUAUACCUGUUAUUCUUGAUGCAAUCGCGCCAUUGAAUGAAUCUCGACCACGUAAAUUGAAAGUAUCUUAUGAACUCUUCAUUGACGAAGAAGAAUAUUAUUUUUUGUACUUACUAUUUGAGGUUCUAACAGUGACGGUUGGAAUUUGGUCAACGAUUACAACUGGUACAUUUUUUAUUAUAAUUGGAGGACACUGUUGCGCAACAUUAAAAAUUGCGAGCAAUUUAAUACAAAAAGCAGUGACUAAAAAUUUGCUGCAACUUCCUGCUCCUCAUAGAAUUUAUUUCAUGUACCAAAACAUUUGUCGUGCAGUCCACAUUCAUAGAAGAACUAUAAAGAUUAUGAGUACUCUAUUAGAUUCUAUUCAUAUGUGGUAUUUUCCUUUGCUUUUAUUUGGCGUUAUAUCUUCAAGUUGCAUUAUUUUUCGAGUAAGUAAUAUAAUAUGUUUAUAUUAAUACUUUUUUUGUUUAUUACGAUUAUUUAAAUUUAUAUUAUAAGUUACAAUAUUAAGGCUAUGUUCUGAAAUUCACUGUCAGUACUGAAAAUCUAUAGUUUAUGUAACGUGUACUAUAGAUUUUCAGUACUGGCAGUAAAUUUCG